AUGAUAUUUCAAUCGUAAGGAGGGGAUCUUCUUCUUGAUGAAACCAAAUCCAAAUCUUCUAGUAAAAAGGUCACUAUUUACGUAGUUCUUGGCCUUCUUACUACUUUGAUAGCCUCUAUCGCACUUUUAUAUCAAGAUAACUCUCUCACAACAAGUUUUUCUCAGCCAGUUGCUGAUUCUUCCUUUAGCAAUGCUAACUAAUUGUUCGCUCCACCAAGUUGGGGAAAAGGAGAAUUCAUUGAUUAUAUAAAUUAGUGCUUAGGAAAUGCUGAUUCAGCUGCUAAUGGUUAGAUUAACUAUAGGGAUUAUUGGAGCACUACUAUUCAAAGUUGUAUCUUUAACAAGUUUAAGAAUGAAUCAAAUCCUCACUUGCCAAUUGCUGAAUAUCCUACAACAUGGGGUAAAUAAGAUUAUAUCGACUAUACUUGGGACUGUUAUGGCUAUGGAGAUUACAUGGCAAGCAAUAAAGGGUAUUGGUAAGGAAGUGCAUGGAACCCAUCUGUCAGUGACUGCUUAUCUUAGUAUGGACCAACAAACACCGAUCAAUAAAAUUAAUUAAGAAAUCUCUAUCAAAUCUAAGCAGAUGUAUUAAUCAAAGUAUGCGUUAUGGUGCAUAAUCCAAAGACAAGCUUUAUGAAAUCUGAAGUUUCUUCAAGUAAAUAUUAUACUUAAUGGCAACUUUAUGAAUCGAAUUGCUUUUUAAUUGCAUCAGUAAACAACUUUUUAUCUUAGAGUUCAGGAUUUUAGAAUAUUUAAUUAUCUCAAAACAAUUUGAAAAAUGCAUAUAAAGCCUUUUUCAGUGUGGGAUUUGAAAUUUCGACUUUUGGGAGUAACAAAAUUGGUAUCUCAAAAGCAGUUGAUGAUAAAAGCGAUCCAUAACACGUAAAUAACAAUAUAGGUCCACAUUACAAUGGCUAUGAUUUGAUAUAAUUGAACUCAAACAGCCUAAAUUUCUUUGCCUCCAUUAAAAAUACAGGCGGGAAGUUUAAUAUUGGGUAUAUCUUCAUUUACAAAGAGACUCCAUUGUUUUUGGUUUAAUAAAUUAUCAGUAUUGUAAGUAUUAUAGCUAAACAAAUGGUUGCUGAUACAACUUCAACAAGCACUACUAUCUAAAAUCGGGCUAUAGAUAUAAUUAAAAAGUAUUCAUCAGGAUUGACACGAUAUUAAUGCAUUAUUCUUGAUCAAGCUAAGUUUUGGCGUUUGACCUAAAGUUUUAUUAUCGAGUUUUUGAUUAAUAUUGGCUAAAAUGCUAAUUCUGUUUCAGUUAUUAUUGAGCCAAAAUCUUUACCUUCAAAUCUUGAUCUUGCAGCACUUACCCCUCUUAAUUCUAAGAAAAUAACAAUCUAUCCUGUUUUCUUUAUAUCCCCAGUGUAUCCUACUUCCAAUAGUAUUCACUUGAAUGACAGAACAAAGGAUACUUCAAUUCUUAUGCUUUUAGCUCAUGAAUUGACUCAUGCAAUAAUGGGAGUAGAUGAUCCUUUCGACCCUUUUGACUUAGAAACUGACUUAAAUAAAAGGAGAAGAGUCUAUGGAAAAUAUACUAGUAAUAUUUGCGAUGUAAUUGGCUACUCGAUUCAGGAGUAUUACUACUACAAUAAGGAUCUAUUUCCUAAUGUUCCUAAAUUCUGA